UACCACUCGUAUGAAUAAUACGUCAACAACUGUCGUAAUAAAAUAGAAACAUUUGACAAUCAAUACCUUUUGAAAUCCUAAUAACCGCGCUUUUUGCAGUUUUUCUUAAAUUUGGCAAGGGCGUUACAGUAUAGUGCUUAAUAUUUAAAAAAAAAAAUGAUGCGAGCAAUUUUUUAUUUAAUGGCGCUCGUGGUGAUAAGUAUGGUGGAUGGGAGGAUUGUUGACAAACGAAAAUGUCCAGAAGUGAGAGCUGUACCCCAUUUUGAUUUAUCUCAGAUGCUGGGCGAUUGGUACGUAGUGGAAUACUACGCUAGUGCUGAAGAAGCGCUUUCUUAUAGCUGCAUGAGAGCUGUUUUCACUGAAGAUGACCAUGUUCAAGCUGAAGACGGUUCCAUAGAGUGGACGCCUGGUGUGACGAUGAAUUUCACAUAUCGCUUUGCUGAUGACCCACUCGGUGAAAAUCUAUUAGGAAAUAUUACUUGGAAAGUCGAUCUAAAUGAACCAGCUCAUUGGACUCAUUCUGAAAUAACAUACGAUGGUAUUUACAAUACGUAUGUGCUAGACACGGAAUACAAAACUUGGAUGCUGUUACUCCAUUGUGCUGAACAGCGUGAAGGUGCGAGAUAUCUCAGCGCGUUUGUGCUGUCCAGAAAGACUACACUACCUAAAAAUGUUAUGGCGUAUUUGAGGGAUAAGUUGCCGAGAUACGACGUUGACGUCAAAUACGUUUUCCCUAUCCAGCACGAAGAUUGUCAAGAGAAACCAGCGAAGUCCGACUACUCUCCGAUCCUUGUCGAGGUCGGCAGUAAGACACCGAAGAGACCCGGCGUCACGUACAAAGUUGCCUUCGGACAUUGAACGUUGAUAUUAUUUGAAAUUUGAAUUCCACAUUAUAUAUCUCUUAUCAUUAAAAUACAUACACAAUA